ACGCAAAGUAAAAAGAUAGCGGAAGUGAAUUCAACCAGCAGAAGGUAAUGCCAAAGGAGACGUGAAGAGCUGUUAAUGCAUCAGAAAUUUCUUUACUUUGUUAAAUAGCGUCGUCUUUAACAACGUUCCUCCUGCUCGUGGUAAAGGGUUCUGAAGAUGUCAAGCAAGAAAUCAAAGAGGAAGAAACAUAAAAAGGAGGAAAGAAGCCCAUCAAACUCUUCUCGUGACAGUAAGAAGGACAGUGAUGCUAAAAUAUUCAGCAGUCCAAAAAGAAAACACAAACAUCAUCAUCGGCAUGCAAGUUCUGAUAAAGAUAGAGCUAAAGAAAGGAGGGCGACUGACUCAAAAUCAACAACAGAAUUUGAAGGAGGAUUUAAGAAAGCAAAAAUCCGAGACAGCAAGAGGAGGGAAGAAAGAUCCCUAGAAAGCCAAACUUCAAAGAAUUCCAGGCCAGUUUUCAAGUCACCUGUCACACACGAUAAGAAGCAAGUGAAUCCCAGAGAGAAGCAUGAAAAAGCAAGUGCCCAUAUCUCAGAGAGAAGCUCCAGCAGUCACGCUGCAACAAACCUGCCUUCUUCAAAAGAAUUUGAGAAAAAGAGACAGGAGCUGGUAUCGAGGAGAUCCACAGCAGAGCGUCCCAGAUGGAUACCUCCAAAGGAUUAUUGUUCCCCUGCACGAGAGAAAAAAAGAGGACUCAUGAAAAGGCCUUUGUCACCAGAGCUUGAUGUUGAAUCCAAACGGAGAGACAUCAAAAACAUGACCAAUGCUUCACAUGCAGAAUCUCAUUCUGAAGUUCAAAAGGGAACAAGAAAGAUGUUGGUGGCCAACAGUUCCAAGAAUAUCGACUAUAAUGUUGGUGCACAGAGUUCUCAAGGCAAGUCCAAAGAAGCUAUGCCAGUAGUGAAACAUGGAUCUAAACUGAAGUUACAAGAAGAUAUUUCACCUAAGAAGCAAGACCAUGUACAGCUGGGUAGUGUCCCUGGUGAAAUCUCAGGAGAAAAAAGGCCAUCACUUGGUGGUCUCACAGCAAGUGUCAGUUUCAAGAUCCCAAAGAAGGUCAAUGCUGUGAAAGUUUGGACAAACACGGGUGUGUGUAAUGUGAAUUCUUCAGAUCGCAGGACUCAAAGUGCUGCUCAGCCUUCUUUGCCAUCUAAAAUCAAAUUUCUCAUCUCACAGCCGCAAGGACAGAGAUUUCAAAGGUUUUCUGCGCAAACCUCUCAUAAACCCUCUUCUAUUAACCCGUCACAUAUUUCAUCUAUAUCUCACCAAGUUCAGCAGACACUCUCUGACAAAACAAGAGAGGUCACAAUGCCAAGCAAUACUUCCUGCACAGUACAACAUGUAACUCUCCAGAAAACUGCAGAGACCCUUGACUGUGACCAUGAGAUGGAGCUGGUGGAGGAGCUUCAUCUGGCACGCUCUGAGAGGCGCCUGGAGGUGAACUUGAUAGAGAACUGUGGAGAGCUCACCUGCAUGGACAUUGACCCUCCAGAAGAGGGUGCCAGCACAGUGCUAAGUAAAGAUCAACAUAAACAGGCGCUGCUUAUUGUUCUGGAUACCAAUGUGCUGCUCAGCCACCUGGAGUUUGUGAAGAAGAUCAGGUCACAUGGUCUCGGUGGGCUUGGGUUCCCCACGUUGCUGAUCCCAUGGGUGGUGCUGCAGGAGUUGGAUUAUUUAAAGAGUGGUAAACUCUCCAGCAAAGUGGAAUACAAAGCCAGGCCGGCUGUCCACUACAUUUAUAGUUGCCUAAAAAAUCAAGAACCUAGACUUGUGGGCCAGUCAAUGCAGCAGGCCUCUCAAGCUGUUGGUGGGCCUGGUGUUGUGAACAAUGAUGACAGAGUACUGGAGUGCUGUCUGCAGUACCAGGCUCUGUGUCCAGAGGGAGCACUAGUUCUUUGCACCGAUGAUAAGAACUUGUGCAGCAAGGCUCUGCUCAGUGGGGUGAAGGCCUUGAGUAAAGCAGACUUGGUAAAAGAAGUGGAUGGAAACAGAUCUACAAUUCUAAAGUACAUUCACGCUCAACCCGCUGUGCGGCCCCCAGCUGAACCUGUAGAGAAAGCAGAAGAGAAAGAAUCACACAAGAAUAAAUGCAGUGAUCCAGUGGAGGAACGACAGCUGAGCGAAUGUGCGUGUUUAUUGGAGUCCUGCCUCCAGGGGGCGCUGUCAGAGGUGUUGGAGGAAGAGAUGAAAGCUGCUUAUGGAGAACUGUGGACUGAGAUAGUGUAUGUGAAGCCCCCGUGGACUCUGGAUGGGCUGCUCAAGUGUUUCAAGAAGCACUGGAUAGCUGUGUUUGGAAGCAUUAUUAAGAGGAGCUUGCUCAGCUGUGUGGAGAUGCUGAGUGACACUCUAUGCUCAGACAGGUCCAUAGAGCACAGGUCUGUUCUCAGUGCUGUGAGAUUGGCUGAAGAGCUGCUGUCGGCACUGGCUGGAAGAUCUUUGUACAACGGUCAUGUAGCUCAGGCACUCUCUACCCUUCAUAUGCUAAAGCAAAGACUACAGUCUCCGAAAGCUCCAGCAGAGGGUAAUGGCACUGAUAAUGAGGACUCGCUGAUGGCAGAAAUAGAGGAGGAUGUAGCUCCACCACCUCAGACAUCACAUCAGGAUGUUUGGGCAUUAUUUGAGAGCAUCUGGAACAACGUGUGUCAGAUUAGUUCGGCUUUGUUCUCAGCGCUCCACUACACUCCAGGAGCCACGGAGCCCAGCCAGCGAUCUACCUCACCCCCGCCUCAGGAAGCUCUCUCCUGUCUACAAAGGCUCUCCACUGCACUGAAACAGCUACUGGAGGCUCUUCAGAGGCUGUUAUCAGCGGAAAGCAGUGUUCAAGAUGCACAGUCACUUCUCGCCUUUAUUCAGACCAGCGAGAUUGCCGCUAUGGAGCCACGUUUCACUGCCAGGGACCUGUUUGAUUGCGUGUCUCAGCAGGAAUACCGGGAAAAGCUGCGUGUGGGUGGUGCACAGCUGUCUGAGCUGUGUGUGAAUCUAGAUCACUGUGCUGCAGCUCUGAGCUCUCGGUCCUGAUUCACCUCCUGACUUUUCAUGUUCGGACCCAGCCAACUUUCUACAUACUAUCUGACCAGACUCUUCUGGACCCCAACCUGGUUUUAUACAAGAGUCAUAAUCUGCGCAACAGUUUACUGAUCCUCUGUCCUUGUACCAACCUGCAGCAGAGUCAGUGUGUCGGUCACAUGACCCUGACUUAUUAUGCAUCAAGGGCUAUCAGUCUAUAUAACAGAAGUUAGACUGUGUUCUAAUUCUUAUGUUGUAGUUCUAUACUUUGAUAUGUUUUUUAAUUGUGUUAAAUUAUUGGGAUUAUUUAUUCGUCUUACUUUAUAAGUAUGCCCUAUUUGGGGAAAACACUGUUUUAGUGAUCAUAUUGGUUUGUUGGUGGUUUUGACGUUUUAUAAUAAAGAAUGUAGAAUUUAAUUUCUGCUCUGCCACAUAAAAUCCUCCUAGUGUCCAAGAACUGUUGCGUUAACAGGUUAUAAUGUGUUCAGAAACGGGUGUGACUUCAAGACACUGUCUCACACGACAUUCAGUGCUGCAAGGCUUUCAGUAAGUAGCGAGUGCGACAGUGAGUCAUGUGUUAAAAGCCAAUUUACUUGGGCGCCAGUCUAGUUGUCCUUCUGGAAACUAUCCUGAAACCCACAAAUUUCUUCCGUGAUUCUAAGAAGGUACAUUACUGAUAAGCAGCUGUAAUUUCUUAUUCUUAGUUCUGCCAAUGCAUAUGAAAUACCGGCACUAACAUGACGCUCAGUCAUUUCAUGUGGAAUGGUGUCUGUGCUAGUAUUGUUUUAUUUGUAUUAAAGUGUAAAUAGUUCCAAAAAAAUUCUAUUUUACUUUACAUCUAUUUACAUUAUGAUUAAAAUAUUCGAUCAUCAAUGACUUGUGCUCAUUUUGUUACAUAAAACCUGAUGAUUUUAAUCUGGAUUUCUGGUACUGUGACAUCACAAAUUGAGAGGCCUUAUGGGAUUAUGGGAACAGUGAUGAUGUCCCACUUGAGAUUAUUCUAGUGCUCAAUAACGUAAACAAGAUGGCUGUGCCUGUGUUCAGAGGUCAUUACUGUAGGAAGAUGAUUACAAUGAUUACAAUAUUUUAAUUGUUUUGCGGUGUAUUUAAUUUUUUUCAUAUUUAGUCACUAUAUAUAUAAAUUUUUGUGUUUUUUUGGUAAUAACAAGGCGCAAGGUUAUUUUGCCAAGUUUUUACAGACAGCAGCAAGAGAGGGGAACAUUUGAGUCACGCGCAGACCACAAUACUGACAGAAGCACCUUAAGUGAAAGACAGUGACCGUUUUUUAAACCUCAAGAUGACAGACAACAAAUAUCUGGCAAGGCUUGACAUCAACUUUUUUGCAUACCAGUCACUGUGGCUAGUGGUUUUACAAAUUUACUAGCCACUCAGCAUUUUGACUGGCCACCAUUUUCUUGAUGGGAAAUAAAAUUUUAUUUGACCUAUUACUGCGCACAAGUGUUUCCAUUUUGACAUUUAGCAUUUUCCCCUUUACCGUAUUAAAUGCAUCCAUAAUCUUUCAUAACAAAUUCUAACAUUGUAUUUAUAAUUUCACUUAAUAUAAUAAGGUAAUACACGGCAGUUGCCAAUCAUAUGAAAUCAGUAUCUACGAAAUCGAUAUUUUCAUUGCAGAAAAAACAAGUGAAAACAGCAUUCAAAUGCAUUUAUGACAGUUCAGUGUAUCUGAAAUACAGCGCAAAUUCAAGUCUUUGUGAUGUAUCAAGAGCCACAUUAUCCAGAGUAAUGUCAGCAUACCACCAAGAAGGACGAACCACAUCUAACAGGAGUAACUUUGGACGCAAGAGGAAGCUGUCCUGAAAGGGAUGUCCGGGUGCUAACCCAUACUGGAUCCAAAAAACAUAAAACCACAGCUGCCCAACUCACUGCAGAAUUACAUCUGCACCUCAUCUCUUCUGUUUCUACCAAACCUGUCCAUUGGGAGAUCCACAGGGUCAAUAUACAUGACCAGGCUGCUGCAGCCAAACGGAUUUAAUGUUGUCAGCAGUGUAAAAUCUUGGGCUGUGCACAAUGUAAAACAUGUAUUGUUCCCUGAUGAGUCCACCUUCACUGUCUUUCCCACAUCCAGGAGAGUUACGGGGUGGAGAAGCCCCAAAGAAGCGUACCACCCAGACUGUUACAUGCAGAGUGAAGCAUGGGGGUGGUUCAGUGAUGGUUGGGGCUUCAAUAUCAUGGCAUUCUCUAGACCCAAUACAUGUGCUAGAUGGGCGCAUCACUGCCAAGGACUACCAAACUAUUCUGGAGGACCAUGUGCACCCAAUGGUUCAAACAUUGUAUCCUGAAUGUGGUGCCGUGUAUCAGGAUGAUAAUGCACCAGUACACACAGUGAGACUGGUGACAGAGUUUGAUAGCCAUAAAAGUCUAUUUGAACCUCUCCCAUUGCCUGCACAGUCACCAGAUCUAAAUAUUAUUGGGUCACUUGGUGAGAGUUUUGGAGGAGAGAGACAGGAAACAUUUGCAGGACUGUCGUUCCCAAGAUGCAGUGAUGCUGUAUUGGCCAAAAAAAGGAGUCUACACCAUACUAAUGAAUUAUUGUGGUCUAAAACCAGGCAUUUCAGUUUCAUUGUCCAACCCCUGUGUGUAUGUAUGUAAGUAUAUAUAUAUUCCAAAUAUAAAAUGUUAGAAAAAAGAGGCAGUAGGUGGCAGCAUCUUUAAUGACUCGAUUCGUUCAGACUCUGAUUCAUUCAAGAAUGAAGCAAGUGCCUGUCCUUAUGAAUGGGCCUCCAAUCUUUGAAUUGAAAAAAACACUGCUGUGCUGAGUUGUUCUGCUAUAAUCUUUCUUUGGAACUGAUUUCAUUAACCAAAUAGGAGCAAAAACAGUCAACAUUAUAUCCUUUCAAUAAAUUUUAAUAUUGACCUGAAAUGUACAUUAAUCACUCAUUUUGUAUAUAAUGUUGCAUUGGUAAAUAAAGGUUUUCAGGGAACUUCCCUCUCUUGGUCGUGUAAUGUUGUUUAACUAGGUUGUAUGUUAUACAUAAAAACGAACUCAGUUUUUUUUUUCUUCUGUGUGCAGUUGAGUUCACUUGUUUUGAUUUCUCUACCAGAUUCUCUCACAUAGACAAGAUGACUGAGCCUCAUUGGAGUAAUUUCGCUAUUACAAGCCUAUCCUAUAGUCGCCGUUUGCAUGCACUGAAUGUAAUAAAAUCAGAACCAUUCUCGAAAAUUUGGUGCCGUUUGAUGUUUUAAUCAGAUUAGUUGUUCGGUCGGGCAAGUCACUUGUUCCUUCAAGAAAUCUACUAGUAGCUAACAAGAAGCUAUGGAAAAAGCUUGAUUUUGGUAUACAUUUAACAUGUGCUACGAGUUCCUUGUCUUUAUCAAUUCUCCUUAUCGCAAUAGAAACGAUAGGUUCGGACCAGAAGGUCAUUGCAGCAACUACAUGACUGUGGCCUAAUUCCACUGGGCAUUCAGUGACCAGAACAGAACUAUAAUCCCUCCUGAAGACUUUGUGCUUGUGUGGCUUUUGGCCUACUUCUUGCUAGCACGACUCUCCCGAUUUAUCUGGGAUUAAGACAGGUUAUUUUUGUGAAUGGACAGAGGAUGAAGGGUUGUUGGAUAAGAAUCCACCUUCAUAAUAAAUGGGCUGAUAAUAAACUAAACAACGAACCAUAAAAUACAAGUGAUUCACCAUUAUGGCUAAUGGCACAGAAUGAAGGAAAUGCAAAUUCAGUUUCUUUUGCCUUAUUGGCCUUUACCUGAUCUUACACUCUCUCAUGGUGUUAUAUAUCCACAGGAAUAGUAUGGCAUUUAAUAUAACCACACCAGAAUUCAUAUCUAGAGAAAAUGUGCAAAACAAUAUGCGAUUCAUCAUUUCUAGAGACACAAACAGCAAUACUUUUACAGGUUGAAAUGGUUUAUUAGUAAGGAAAUAUCAGUUCAUAACAAAUGUGGUACAGGAUUUUCUGCCCCGAUCCAGUUUAUCGAGAAAAACAAAACCAUGGAGCCAAAAAUAUCUGUGUUGCUUCCAAAUGCUAAAACACAGGAAAUAUUUAAAAAGUUGGUAUUGAGAAGGAAAUGAGCAUCACCUCAAUUGCGUGAAUCAGUCAAACAAAUGAAAUGGUAACAAAAGAUCUAAUGAGCAGAAGCACUGAAGCGUGGUUGGUUAUACGCAUGUGAGGGUUACUAAACUGGCACUGAUUAAUUUUAUAACCUCAUGGGUGUUGUGCGUCGACUAGCUCAUCCAUCUAUCUAUUGGUUACUUAGCAGUGUAUCAAAAAUAUAAAAAAGGCCAUCUUUAAAGAUUGGUACAGUAAUCCUACGUCAUGGCUAAUGAUACAAAAAGGAAAGCCAUGUGUUUGAAUGUUUUGUAAAAUAAGGCUUUGUAUAAGCAUGGAGCUUUAAAUGAAGUAAGCUAACAAAAAAAAUA